AUGGUUUUUUCUUCUAAUUCUUCGGCAAUAUCCCAUGAAGAAAAGCAUGAGAUUCAAGAAAAAUACGAUGUGUUUCUGAGUUUCAGAGGUGAGGAUCGCAAUACAUUUGCUAGUUAUCCUUAUGGAGCUGUAUCUGCAAAGCAGAUCUUAACUUUCAUGGAUGAUCAUGAACUUGAGAGAAACGAGAGGGCAGGUUACGCCAAUCUUUUACGACAUAGAUCCAUCAGUUGUACGAAAAAGAAUGGGAGUUAUGGUGCUGCAUUUGCUCAGCUUGAAAACCGUUUCAUGGACAGAAUGGACAAGGUGAAUCAAUGGAGAGCUGCUGUAACUGAAGCGUCCAAUCUGUGUGGGUUGGAUUCAAAGGAUUUCAGGUAA